AUGGCCGACUUCUCGAUGUAUCAUAACCUAGGUGACGGCGCCAUGCCAGGCGAUGAGAGAAUGAAAUCGCAAAUACGGACUGGGCCUGCAGCUCCUCAGUUUGUUCCUCCGGUUGCACAGCCGCCAUCGGGAUACAUGCAGAGUGGAGGUGCUCCUCAACAGACAUACCAGCACCCUCACGGUUUCACGCAAUCCUCCCCGUAUCCUCCAUCUUCGGCGGGCUACCCAUCGCCCCAGGGGAAUGUUCAGUCUCCAGCCGAUAUGCAAUCAGGAAUGCACAAUUUAACUGCUCAGAUGGGCGGACUAGGAAUUGCUGGAGGAGGGCCACCAAGUUCCGCUGGUGGAACCACCAGGGCGCAUAAGAAGAAAGAUAGACAUGCGUAUCAUGAGUUUGGAGCCCCAGCAGGAUCGUCCCAAGCGUUUAAUGGCAUGCCUCCAGGCUCUACCCAGCAACCAUCACAAUUUCUCAACCAACAAAGCCCUCAGGUAGCUCCUCCACAUGGUGGAUUCGGCUCUCCUCAGGUGCAACAGCAAAGGAACUCCAGCGUCGUCGGAGACGGCGCUGUACCAACUCAGGGCAGGGUUGACCCAGAGCAGAUACCCAGUGUUCCACGGUCUCGCGAUGUUCCUGCUCAAUAUUACCUCGAACAUACCUACCCAACUAUGGAACGGCACGUACCGCCACCAUCCACUGUUCCAUUCGUUGCCCAUGAUCAAGGCAACUCGUCGCCAAAGUUUGCUCGACUGACCAUCAACAAUAUCCCUUCUACCGCGGAGGCACUUGCUUCAACCUCGCUGCCGUUAGGCCUUAUACUGCAACCCCUUGCUCCGCUCGAUGAGGCAGAGCAACCAGUCCCUGUUUUGGACUUCGGAGAUUCUGGACCCCCUCGAUGUCGAAGAUGCAGGGCUUACAUUAAUCCGUUUAUGACGUUUCGAUCUGGCGGAAAUAAGUUCAUUUGCAACAUGUGUACAUUUCCCAACGAAGUUGCUCCUGAGUACUAUGCACCACUUGACCCUUCAGGUGUACGUGUGGAUCGGAUACAUCGCCCAGAAUUGAUGCAGGGAACUGUUGAAUUUUUGGUCCCCAAGGAAUACUGGAAUAAAGAACCCGUGGGCUUGCGUUGGCUGUUCCUUCUGGAUGUUUCUCAGGAGGCUGUAUCACGAGGAUUUUUAGAGGCAUGUUGUGAUGGUUUGUUGUCUGCCCUGUACGGAUCAGACGGCGAUGGAGAGGAACCUGAAAGUACGGAAGAUGGUGAAUCCAAACCCCGUAGGAAUCUACCAGAGGGAUCUAAGAUCGGAAUCAUAACUUUUGAUAAGGAGGUCCAUUUUUACAAUCUGAGUCCCCAGUUAGAACAAGCACAAAUGAUUGUUAUGCCGGAUUUGGAGGACCCGUUCGUUCCUUUGAGUGAGGGAUUGUUUGCCGAUCCAUAUGAGUCAAAGCAUGUCAUAUCCUCACUCUUGACACAAAUACCCACUCUAUUUUCGUUCAUUAAGUACCCAGAGCCAGCCCUUCUCCCCACAUUAAACUCCGCUUUAUGCGCCUUGGAGUCGACCGGAGGAAAGAUUGUUUGUUCAUUAAGCUGCCUUCCCACCUGGGGCCCUGGGCGUCUCUUUAUGAGAGAUCAAGGGAUGGGCCCUGGAACCGAUGCUGAACGAAAACUUUUUACUACUGAGCAUGUCGAGUGGAAGAAAACAGCUACAAAGGCAGCAGAGACUGGAAUUGGUGUAGAUUUCUUCAUAGCAGCUGGUGGUGGGGCUUAUAUGGACAUCGCAACGAUAGGACACGUAUCCGCUGUUGCUGGAGGUGAAAUGUUUUUUUACCCUAAUUUCCAUGCUCCUCGCGAUAUCCAGAAACUCUCCAAGGAAAUAUGUCAUUCCAUUACCCGAGAAACUGGUUAUCAGGCUCUUCUGAAAGUCCGUUGCUCAAAUGGCCUCCAGAUCUCGUCAUACCAUGGAAACUUCCUUCAGCAUACAUUUGCCUCAGACCUUGAAAUGGGAAGUAUCGAUGCAGAUAAAGCAUUCGGUAUCAUGUUCACCUAUGAUGGUAAACUUGACCCUAAACUGGAUGCCCAUUUCCAGGCAGCCCUUCUCUAUACUGCUGGCAAUGGACAGCGACGUGUUAGGUGUAUAAACAUCGUAGCUGGUGUCAACGAUGGUGGAAUGGAGACCAUGAAAUCUCUUGAUCAGGAUGCCAUUGUUUCCAUUCUUGCGAAAGAAGGUAGGCAAAUCUUCAUUUUUCUCUUGGUGAGUGUUGUUGUUGCUAACGUGCCACGGUUAGCUGCCUCCAAGGUUCCUGAAAAGGCCCUAUCAGAAAUCCGGGCUAGUUUAACAGAGAAGAGUAUUGAUAUUCUAGCAAGCUACCGCAAGAACUUUUCAUUGUCACAUCCCCCAGGCCAACUGGUGUUGCCUGAAUAUAUACAGGAGUUUUCAAUGUAUAUGCUAAGCUUGCUAAAGUCUCGUGCCUUUAAAGGGCUUUUCAAGGCGAUUAACAAAUAUACUCGUGUCUCAACAGGAGGCCAUGAGCCCUCGGACCGUCGUAUCCAUGAUGUUCGAAUGCUUCGCUCCUUUGGAUGCCGGGAGCUUUCUCUCUAUCUAUACCCACGGAUUAUUCCAAUCCACAACUUAGACCCCAAGGAUGGGUUCUCUAACGAGCAUGGGCAGUUACAAGUGCCGCCAAGCCAGCGAGCAUCAUUCUCAAAAAUCGAAGACGGAGGGGUCUAUAUUGUGGAAAAUGGACAAAUAUGUAUCCUUUGGAUUCACGCACUCGUGUCCCCUAACCUUCUCGAAGACCUUUUCGGCCCAGGCUACAACUCCCUUAAAUCUCUCGAUCCGAAUACGUCCACUAUCCCGGUUCUAGAAACACAGCUCAACGCUCAGGUACGCAAUAUCCUGCAAUACCUAAGUACAGUCCGUGGCUCAAAGGCCAUGACUAUCCAACUGGCGAGACAAGGUAUCGAUGGGUCUGAAUAUGAAUUUGCGCGAAUGCUAUUGGAGGACAGAAACAAUGAGGCACAGAGUUAUGUUGAUUGGCUGGUUCAUCUGCACCGGCAAAUCAACAUCGAGCUCGGUGGCCAUCGUAAGAAAGAGGAUGGCUCCGUCGCAGGUGCUGUCGGUGCCGGAGUGGAAAGCACUUUGUCUGGAUUGGCAGGACUACGGCCGUCCUACUGGUAG